AGGUAUUAGGCGACAGGAUAGGUUUCCUCAAGCAUUCGAGCCAAUCGGGAACUGGUCCGGGCUCCCAGGGCGCACACUGAUUGGUUGGCACGGAGCCCCUCCCUCUCACCGUCCAGUCGCUCCGUCCGCAGCGCGUUCGGGUGCGCGGCUCGGAGGCUGCCACUCGCCUUCGGGCUCUCGUCGUCGGAGACGGGCCUGUGCUCGGUUUGCGAGCCUUUCCCGAGAUGUCUGAAGGAGAAGCCAAGCAGGUGCCCAGUAGCGGCUCCGACACGAAGCCGGACUCGGGGCCUGGCCUGGCCUCGUUGUCACCGCCCAUGGCUACUUCUGCUGCCCCCCAAGAGGAGGAAGAGGAGGAGAGUGAGGACGAGUCCGAGAUCCUGGAAGAGUCGCCCUGUGGAAGGUGGCAGAAGAGGAGGGAAGAGGUAAAUCAGCGCAAUGUUCCUGGAAUUGACAGUGCCUACUUGGCAAUGGAUACUGAAGAAGGUGUGGAAGUUGUGUGGAAUGAGGUGCAGUUCUCAGAACGCAAGAAUUUUAAGCUUCAGGAGGAGAAGGUCAAAGCUGUCUUUGACAAUCUAAUUCAGCUGGAGCAUCUAAACAUUGUGAAAUUCCACAAGUACUGGGCUGAUGUGAAGGAGAACAAGGCCAGGGUGAUCUUCAUUACUGAGUACAUGUCCUCUGGCAGCCUGAAGCAGUUUCUGAAGAAGACAAAGAAGAACCACAAGACUAUGAAUGAAAAGGCUUGGAAGCGCUGGUGUACCCAAAUCCUUUCUGCUCUCAGUUACCUCCACUCCUGUGACCCUCCUAUUAUCCAUGGAAACUUGACUUGUGACACCAUCUUUAUCCAGCAUAAUGGGUUGAUCAAAAUUGGGUCAGUUGCCCCAGAUACCAUCAACAACCACGUGAAGACAUGUCGUGAGGAGCAGAAGAACCUGCACUUUUUUGCUCCAGAGUAUGGCGAAGUUGCACAUGUGACCACCGCUGUGGAUAUCUACUCCUUUGGGAUGUGUGCACUGGAGAUGGCAGUGCUGGAAAUACAGGGAAAUGGUGAAUCGUCCUAUGUGCCCCAAGAAGCAAUUAACAAUGCCAUUCAGUUGCUGGAGGACCCCUUGCAACGGGAGUUUAUUCAAAAGUGCCUAGAGCUGCAGCCAAGUAAGCGUCCCACAGCUCGCGAGCUCCUCUUUCAUCAGGCCCUGUUUGAAGUGCCCUCCUUGAAGCUCCUGGCAGCGCACUGCAUUGUGGGCCAUCAGCACAUGAUCCCUGAGAAUGCACUUGAAGAAAUGACCAAGAACUUGGACAUGAGCGCUGUACUGGCUGAGAUCAACCAUGUUGACCGCGAGGGCAUCCGCAUGAUCUUCUCCCAAUCCCCAGCAUUGGAGCUAGACAAAUUCUUGGAGGACGUAAGGAAUGGCAUCUACCCUCUCACUGCCUUUGGCCUACCGCGACCUCAACAGCCACAGCAAGAGGUAGUGAAAUCUCCCAUUGCGCCUCCAUCAGUUAAGACACCAACGCCAGAGCCUGCUGAAGUGGAGACACGAAAGGUGGUGUUGAUGCAGUGUAACAUUGAGUCGAUGGAGGAGGGCAUGAAACAUCAUUUAACGCUGUCACUGAAACUGGAAGACAAAUUGAAUCGACACCUAAGCUGUGACCUGCUGCCCAAUGACAAUAUCCAGGAACUGGCAGCAGAAUUGGUCCAGCUGGGAUUCAUCAGUGAGGCCGAUCAGAGCCGCCUAAGCUGUUUACUUGAAGAGGCAUUCAGCAAAUUCUUCUACUCGCGGAAUGGGGCACUGGCGGCAGUCACCGUGUCGUCUUAAGGGCCUCCCUGUUGCCCUUGGCGUCCCCGCUCUGCGUUUCUGCAUCUGUGUAGGAUAACACCCGAGGCCUGCCGCCUCCACCGACGCCAUGCUUGGUUGUGCCUCCCGCAUGUGUUGUAGCUGGGUCUUGCAGACAAUCGCUGCCACCGUUGGGGGGAGGGGAGGGGGGCAAGGCAAAGGGGGGGCUGCGUGCCUCAUCAGUAUUAUUUCCCUAUGGCCAAUGGCCUCCCCCAGGCUCACACGCAUGGAGUUUUGUUUUUGCUUGAAUUGUACAGAGUUUUUUUUGCACAGCACAGAGAUGUCUGUCUUUAUUUAAAGGUAAGAGGGAGGGAGGAAGAAGUUGGAUUCCAGCCCACAUGCUAUCUCCAGACCCACAGGCACUCCUUUUUGUUUCCCAAUCCACAGUUGCUUCACAAACAAGGAUAUGCUGUCCUUUGACUCCACUUCUUGUACAGGUUGCACAAUAGUGAGGCCCUGUCCAGGUCCGGCGGGGGGGGGGGGGCAUCCAGCCAUGAAAGUGGAGCAGCAGUAAGGCUCCGGGUGUGAAAGGCAGGAAGUGGGGGAGACCAGGAUACCGCCUAGGGCUGGAUGACUUUGGAUAUAUGGAGCAGUCUCCCUCUCCUGACUUCUCAGUAUGAUUCCUGCAAGCUGGGCCCUCCCUCCUCCACCCACCCACCCACCCCAGUAGGGCAGUGAAAUGUGCCUCCUCCCUUUUCCUGCACUGGGGCCUCUCCAAAUGUCAUUUCUGUUCCUAUUUUUAAUAAACUGUUUUGUAAAUAA